AAGAAGACAAUUAGAAAGGAAGCAUUUAUUGGAGAAUAAAAUCAGAAGAGGCCGGUGAACAACCCAAAGGUUAAUCUCUUAGUAAUUGGUUGAGUUUUAGUGCUUUCUUUGAAUUGACAUAAUCAUUGUCGAUUUGUUUUCUAUUUAGAGAUAUAUUCUGAAAUAGAUCCAAAAAUAAACCUGCUUGCUAAUGGUGCAAAAGACUGUAUUAAAGGUUGAUGUUUCUUGUGAUAAAUGCAAGAAGAAGAUCCUCAAAGCUGUUUCAAGCCUGCCAGGUGUGGAAAAAAUUGAAAUUGAUGGAGCAAAGGGGACUUUGAGCGUAACGGGUAAUGCUGACCCAUACGAGGUCAUUGUAAGAUCAAGGAAAGCUGGGAAAUUUGCUGAGGUGAUCAGUAUUGGACCUCCACCAGCUCCUCCAAAACCAGAUGGACCAAAAAAGCCCGAAGUGAAGAAGCCUGAACAGCAAGGGCCCAAACCCCAACCCGAGGCCCAGAUGUAUGGGCCUCCCUUUCCCUUGAUUCCCCAAGUCUACUCUUGCUGUCAGAGCCUACCACAUGGCGUUCACGUGACACGUAGGGAAGAACCCACCCCACAAUGCUCUAUUUUGUAAGUGCACAAU